AUGUAUAACAGCAACAAUAAACGACAUCGUCACCAGAGUUACAGAAAUUUGUCUUGCAGGCAUUCUUACCAGGAGCAUAAUCCUAUCAUAGCAGUGCAUGACCUUGCCCUACCAAAUGCAGACUCAGACAGUGGAUUUGGGUCAAGUUUACAAAACAAAAGUAACACAUACAGCCAAAAGGAGACAUUCAAUCAAAGAUCGUUGAUGAGAUCCCAUUCACUAAGUCAAUUGCACGUGGGUCAGCAAAUUGACCAAAAUAGUGAAAUUCUCAACAACAGCUUCAGUGCAUUCCAAAACACAGAUCCAAUUAUGAAAGAACUGAAAGAAUGUUUAGCUGAGAGUGAAAAUCGUAGAGCUACACUUAUUCAGAAACUGAAAGAAGCCCAGGAUACAUUGCAAUUACAAAGUGAUAGACUGACUAAAAUUGAAUUGACAUCCAAGGGAAAUAACUCCAUGCUAAAUGACCUGAAGAAAAAAGAAUCUGAUUACAAAAAGCGGCUCACUGAACUGGAAAAGACAAAGCAGGAAAAAAGCAAACUGCAGAAAGAAAAUAAACAUCUCAGACAAGAAAUGCAAACAAGGAUUGAGAAUCUCCAUGCACAGCUAAAGACAUUACAAUCCCAACAUAAACUCUGUAAUAGUGAAGGUGAGAAGAAAUUAAAACUCUUGGAACACUCAUCCAAAACAAUCAAAAUAUUGGAAGAAGAAAAUUACAAACUUCUCAGGGAAAAUGGAGCUGGUAAAACUGAGAUUGAUAUUUACAAAGAAUCACUUCGUUUACUCAAACAACGUUGUUUAUUAUUAGAAGAACAAAACAAAAGCCUUAAUGAAGAUAUCUCAAAAUUGCAAGAGGAAAAACAAGAUUUACAGAUAAACUUGGAACAAACUGAGAAACUAUUAAUUGAGGAAACUGAACAGGCACAGUUAUUUCAAAAAGAGAAUAAAUACUUAGCAAAUGGAUGGAAAAAUCUGACAGAUGAAAAGAAUCUUAUUAAAGAGCAUCUGGAACAAUGUGAACAGUCAUUGUCAAAGGAAAAAUCACAUGUUCUUAACCUCAGUCUUCAGAAAGAUACUUUGCAUCAUCAACUAAAAGAAACAGAAAUUAGAAACAAACAACUAAAAAAUGAUAAAGAUUCACUCAAUCAGGAUAACUUUCAACUCCAAGAUAAGCUCAAUCUAUUGCAACAUGAAAUAACAACAGAGAAAUUGACAAUUUCAAACCUUGAAGAGAACAAACGAAAAUUCGAAGAAGAAUUGUCAGCAGUGAAAAAGGUGUGUGAAGAAUUGUCAGGAGAACUAUGUUCUGUGAAAAGUUCUUAUGAGCAAGUCCUAGAACAGGUUGCUGAUUUAGAAAAGACAAGUUCUCACUUCACACAAAAGUGCUACAGCCUGGAACAAGAAAAAAAACAGCUGGAACAAAAUAUCACUCACAUUAAAGAGAACCUUGAAGACAAAAAGAAAUAUUAUAGAAGUGAAAAGAAAAAUUCUGAAGAUACAAUACUCCAACUCAAAGAAGAAAUAAAAUAUGGUAAUCAGAUAAGAGUUCAGCAAAAAGAGAAAUGCACUGAAUUGGAACAAAAGUUACAAAAGACUGUAGAUGAGAUGUCAACAGCAUCCACAAUACAAAAAGAAGAAUUAGCUGGAUGGAAGAAUACAUGUGAACGUUUGACAGGAGCUCUUAAUCGGAAAGAGAAGGAGAUUCAGUCUUUAGCAGACAAAUGUGGAGAUCUUGAAGAAGUGACUUUACAACUGAAGGUGGAAGUACAUGAUUACAAAGAUCAAAUCAGCAAUAUACACAGGCAAUCUAGACUGAAGGAAGAAAAUAGACGUUUGCUGCAAGAAAGGCAGGAAAAUGAACAGAUGAUUCAAUUGUUAGAAACAGAAAAAGAAGUUCUUAGUAUAAAUGCCAAGCGUGAUCUGGACAAUAGCCAAAGAGAACUUUCCAAGAUGGAACAGGACAUGGAUAGCCACAAGCAGAUUGUAGCUGACUUACAGCAAACCAACGAGCUUUUGGUUGAAAAGGUAGAUCUUUGUGAAAAGGAAAAUGAAGAGCUGAAAGAAGCUUUUUCUAAAGAAACUGAAAUCUCUACAGAUGAACAAAAGGGUCUGAAGAUUACAUAUGACCUAUUGUAUGAUGAACACAUUCGGUUGAAGAAAGAAUAUAAUAACCUGUUGGAGAGACAUGAAAGUUUAAUGAGCAAUUGCAAUAAUGAUUCCACAAUUCCCAAUAAAGCUAUAUCAUUACAGUCCAACAGAAUCAAAUAUGAAGAUCUCAUGUCAGUAGCAUUAACAUGGAAAUGGUUGAGAUUGGAAUCUAAACUCUUGUUGCCCCUGUUGAUGUUAAUAGUGUUAUAG